GAAGUGGGCGGGCGGCAGCGGCUGCGCGCGGAGGAGGUGGAGGAGGUGCCGGGCGGCCGCUUCCCGCCCCCGAGCCGGAGCCGGUUCUGAGCGGAGUAGAGUGGAGGUCUGCUCCGGAGCAUAGCCGGUUCAGCGGGCGCUGAGUCCCCGCCAUGGCCCGGAACACGCUGUCCUCGCGCUUCCGUCGGGUGGACAUCGAUGAAUUUGAUGAGAACAAAUUCGUGGACGAACAGGAGGAGGCGGCGGCGGCGGCGGGCGAGCCAGGCCCGGACCCUAGCGAGGUGGACGGGCUCCUGCGGCAAGGGGACAUGCUUCGGGCAUUUCACGCAGCCUUGCGGAACUCUCCUGUCAACACCAAGAAUCAAGCCGUGAAGGAGCGGGCCCAGGGCGUGGUGCUGAAAGUGCUUACAAACUUUAAGAGCAGCGAAAUCGAGCAGGCUGUGCAGUCGCUGGACAGAAAUGGCAUUGACUUGCUAAUGAAGUACAUUUAUAAAGGGUUUGAGAAGCCCACAGAGAAUAGCAGCGCAGUGUUACUCCAGUGGCAUGAAAAGGCAUUAGCAGUAGGAGGACUAGGCUCCAUUAUAAGAGUUCUUACAGCAAGAAAGACUGUUUAAAAAAAAGAGAGAGAGACUCAUGUUACCUCGAGAAUUUUGGAUGCACAGGCUAUCGAAGAAGGGAUUGACAAUGGGCCGCCUGCCUCGGAACUCCCAAGUCAACUAUUUCAGGACCUGCAUCCGCUGAAGUGUGUUUUAUUUUCAAGGUGGAGGGAGAGAUCGUCUUAACUGUUUUCAUAAAUCCUUUGCAGGAUCUGAUAGUCUAUGCCUUUGUUCACGAGUAACGCAGAACUGACAUUGUGACCGUCUACCAGAGUGGCUGGCCCGCCUUGGUCCGGGGUACCUGUGUGCACUGCCUGUUUAAAAGGAGGGAGGGGUGAUUUGGGCAGGUGCAGAUCCAAGGGCUGCCGUAAAAGGGAGAGCUUGGUUUUUUUUUUUUUGAAGCGGAAACCCCCGAGGGUUUGUACAGACACCCCGACCUCCCAGAGAAGGCGGGCUCUCUUGGGUUCAUUGUAAAGUGCCUGCUGCAUCAAUAAAGCUCUUGGCUUAUUAGUAUAUA